UUGGGGAUAAAGCAUCGUGGAGAAUGAGAAUUUUCUCUUAGUUCGUUUCUGCGAGCGCUAAAGUAUGAAUCAUUAAAGUUCGAAAGCAUUCGACCACUCUCUUUACUUUGCUCCAUUGCAUUUAUUUUUGAGAGAGAUCAGUCUUUAUCGAGACGGUUAUACUUACGGAACUCAAAUAAAUCAACUCAGUGAAUUUUUUUUUUUUUUUUCGAAGAUACCUUUUAUCGAAGAAAUUUCUAUUUCUCUUUGUCUUGUAAAUUGUUUGUUUCUUUUCUUCGAUAUCUACAAACGAUUGAGGAAAAGACAUAGAGAAAUUUUAAUCGAGACACUUGCUAGUUCCUUUGGGAUUGUCGUCAUUUGGCAACGAACAUUCCUGGGAUCCCAGUGCUGUGAAACAGUCCUCAAGAAAGAAAAAAAAUAAAAAUAAUGGUUAUGACACCAUCGAUACCAGAAUGGUUUCGAAAGAGAAACGUCCUUAUUACCGGGGCUACUGGAUUUGUCGGAAAAGUUCUGAUUUACAAAUUAUUAAUGAGCUGUCCUGAUAUUGGGAAUAUUUUCUUGAUAAUUAGAGGAAAGAAAGGAGUUGAUUCGCAAUCAAGAUUGAAUGUCAUCAUCGAGCAAGAACCAUUUAGAGUACUUCGAGAAAAGUAUCCCGAAAGAUUGAAGAAACUUGUAGUGGUGCCUGGAGAAAUAACCGAAGAUGGAUUAGCUUUAAUUGCUUCAUAUAAGGAACGAAUUAUAAACGAGAUUUCGGUGAUUUUUCAUACAGCUGCGAACGUUAAAUUCGAUCUUCCAUUAAAAACUGCGAUCAAUACGAAUACGAAGAGUACCAUGAAUAUUUUAGCAUUAGCUAAACAGAUGCCACAUCUCGAAUCCUUUAUCCACGUAUCUACGUCUUAUUGCCAGUGUGGUGAGGCCGUGUUAGAGGAACGGGCUUAUCCAACAGAAAUUUCACCUGAAAGUAUUAUAUGUACGGUGAAUAGUAUGCCCGAUCAUGUAUUAAAUGCUAUGACACCGAAACUACUCGGUAAACAACCGAAUACUUAUGCGUUUAGCAAAUCUCUCAGCGAGGAUCUUUUGUUCAGAUCUAAUUUACCUGCUGGAAUCGCUCGUCCGUCGAUAGUGAUAGCGUCAUGGAAAGAACCGACACCUGGUUGGAUCGAUAAUAUCAAUGGUCCAACUGGACUGAUGAUUGGAGCAGGAAAGGGUGUCAUACGUACGAUGUUAUGCAACGCAGAUUACUUGACCGAUUUAAUGCCCUGCGACAUAGCUGUUAACUCCAUUAUCGCAUUGGCCUGGCACGUUGGCUUGGAAAAACCUGAGAAACCAAUUUUUAUGAAUGUCACGGAAAGCGGAGAAAAUCCUAUAUCCUGGGGUAUGGCUUUGGAAAUUGGAAGGAAGCAUGCUCUGAGCAAUCCAUUUUCUGGACCGCUUUGGUAUCCAGGGGGAAGAAUAACUUCAUCGAAAAUCUUACAUUGGCUUACCAUGUUAUUUUUUCAUUUUAUACCGGCAUAUUUCUUAGACGCUAUAAUUGUUUUAACUGGGAACAAGCCGUUCUUGGUGAAAGUUCAUCAAAGAAUCACGUAUGGUUUGGAAUUAUUACAAUAUUACACAACUAAAGAAUGGAUAUUCCGAAACGAAGGGAGGAAAAAUUUGCAAGAACGUCUUUGCUCCUCGGAUAAAGAAGUUUUCUUCAUGGAUACUAAGGCCUUAUCUUGGGAUGAAUAUCUAUUAAAUUAUAUUUUGGGGACAAGAAAAUUUUACCUAAAGGAUGAUCUUUCAACUUUACCUCGGGCAAGACAAGUUUUUAGAUAUUUAUAUAUCGCGGAUUUAUUUGUGAAAAUUCUUUUUGCUGUACUCGUCGUGUGGUUUAUUUAUUCAUGGAUGAAUACCUCCAAAGGAAUAACCGCAGCUUUAAUUGAGGAGAAUGAGAUUUAGUUUCUACUUUAUCGACUCGAUAAUAUUUACCUUAUCGACUUACAGUAUCUUACAGUUUCUUGAUGUAUCAUCAAGAAUCAAUGUAUUUAUUAAUAAAAUAAUAUCUUUUUUAGGAAUUUAAUUUAGAUUAGUUUACUUUAUUUGUUCUUGAUGACAAAACAAAAUGUAAUUUGGCAGCGAUGAUUAUAAUGUAAAUUCUUUCACACUCAUAAAUCGUAUCUUUUAUUCUGUUA